CGGCGCUUCUAGUCUGGUAAGGUUGCGCCGGUACGGUGGCCGAGGAGGUCUGAGCGCGCCGGAAGUGCUCGCCGGCGCUCGCGCCUAGCUGGGCUGGAGGCGCACGUGGCGCGGCCGGAGACAGCAUGUCUUUCCGAGGCGGAGGUCGCGGGGGCUUUAGUCGCGGUGGCGGCGGCGGCGGCGGCUUCAACCGUGGCGGCGGCGGCAACAACCACUUCCGAGGGGGCGGCGGCGGCGGCGGCAAUUUCAGGGGUGGCGGCCGAGGAGGAUUUGGGCGCGGCGGCGGUCGUGGAGGCUUUAAUAAAUUCCAAGAUCAGGGACCUCCAGAGCGUGUCGUCUUAUUAGGAGAGUUCAUGCACUCCUGUGAAGAUGACAUCGUUUGUAAAUGUACCACAGAUGAGAACAAGGUGCCUUACUUCAAUGCUCCUGUUUAUUUAGAAAACAAAGAACAGAUCGGGAAAGUGGAUGAGAUAUUUGGACAACUUAGAGAUUUUUAUUUUUCAGUUAAGUUGUCAGAAAACAUGAAGGCAUCUUCCUUUAAAAAACUACAAAAGUUUUAUAUAGAUCCAUAUAAGCUGCUACCACUGCAGAGAUUUCUGCCUCGUCCUCCUGGUGAGAAAGGACCUCCCAGAGGCGGAGGUGGUGGCGGCAGGGGAGGUCGAGGAGGAGGAAGAGGAGGUGGUGGCCGAGGUGGUGGAAGAGGUGGUGGCUUUAGAGGAGGAAGAGGUGGAGGUGGGGGCUUCAGAGGAGGAAGAGGAGGUGGUGGAUUCCGAGGAAGAGGACAUUAGGUGUGGCAGUGACAGACUCACCACUUGUGUUUUCGCUGUAUGAUCUGUGAUUGAAGGCUGUGUCUGGAGCAACCCGGAGGAUGCUGCUCUGUCGGUGGAGCUGAAUCGUCAGCAUUGGGUGGAAACACUUGGGACAGAACAGUCGCUUUUGCUCAGAAAGAGCAUGAAGAACCCUGCUUUGUACAGUACCUGGCACUCUGUGGGUGCUUAAAGAAAACGGGACUUUUCAUUUGAAGCAUACUUGGCUUUUUUUAAAUAAAUGUUUUAUUUCUUUAA